AUGGCAACUCGCCGCGUGGUGCGCCUGCCCGAUGGCGCGGCGGCUCCAGCGCUAGGACAGGGCGUGUGGAUGAUGGGUGAGCACCCCGAAAACCGCACACGCGAGCUGGCGGCCCUGCGUGGUGGUAUAGAAGCGGGCAUGACGCUCAUCGAUACCGCAGAGAUGUACGGCAACGGCCGCUCCGAGCGACUGGUGGCAGAAGCCAUCAAGGAGACGCCACGUGAGCGGCUCUUCAUUGUCUCGAAGGUGCUGCCAACAAACGCAUCGCGAGCGAACAUCUUUCGCAGCUGUGAUGCCUCCCUCCAGAACCUCGGCACUGACUACUUGGAUCUGUACCUUCUGCACUGGCGCGGCCGUGUGCCGCUGCCCGAGACGGUGACGUGCAUGGAGGAACUCGUCAAGAGCGGCAAGAUUCGCCGCUGGGGCGUGUCGAACUUCGACGUGGACGACAUGAAGGAACUGUGGCACGUCCCCGGUGGCGACAAGUGCGCGGCCAAUCAAGUGCUUUACCACCUUGGCUCCCGCGGCAUCGAGUACGAACUCCUUCCCUGGCUCAGGGAGCAUAACGUGCCAGUGAUGGCCUACUGCCCCAUCGCCCAGGCUGGCGAGCUCAAGUCGGAACUGUACAAGAGCACCGUCGUGCAGAACGUUGCGGCUCGCCACAACGCCACCGUCACACAGGUUCUACUUGCCUUUGUGCUGCGCAGCGGCCACGUCAUCGCAAUCCCACGCUCCGGCAACCCGGCACACACGAAAGAAAACGCGGCGGCAGACAGCAUUGAGCUGACAGAGGUGGACAUGGCACAGCUUGACGCGGCGUUUCCUGCCCCCAAGCACAAGGCUCACCUCGAUAUUGUAUGA